AUCACACUUCCUCUUCCUCUUUCUCUUCUUGUUCCCAUCAGCUGUUUCCCACACUUGAUUCCAUGCACAUUUUUCUAAUCAGGCAUGGAGAAACAGAGCACAAUGUUGCUGGUCUCCUUGCCGGAGUGUCUGAUUCCAGACUCACCAACCAUGGAAGGAAUCAAACCGAGAGAUUAGGCCAGUAUCUCGCCGCUCACCGCAAUUUACGCUUCACUCGAAUAUUCGCCUCGGAUCUCCAACGGGCUUAUAUGACGGCCGAACAGAUUCAGAGACAUCAAGCUAUUCAAUGGUCCGAAGAACGAGUGCCCGAUGUUAUUAGACUUCCAGUGCUACGUGAACAGGACUUUGGCUCCUAUGAGCUGGUGCCGUGGGCGUCAAGGCGUGCCCAGGAAGCUAUAAACCCCGAAGAUCCUUCAUUUCGACCACAAGAGACGGCGGAGGCCAUGGCGGGAAGGGCAGACGUGUUCAUCAAUGACCACGUCAUACCUCUAUCAGCGUCGUCGCCGUUGGCGGUCGAGCAGGACUCGCUGCCUGAAUGUGUCGCUGUCGUGUCUCAUGGUCUCUUCCUGUCGGCGCUGUGGAAAACCUUGCUCACCAAGUUCCACACCGGCACGGUGGUGUUGGGACCUAACAUUGAGGUCCUCAGCUACGGUCGACCGCUGGAGUUUCUGCCUUCUUGGAGCAACACUGGGUUUUUGGAAAUAACCAUACAUCGGAAUGACGGUGACUCGUCGACCUCGCAGGAAUCUUUACCACCCACGGCAACAGACAACACUUCUCCUUUCGCCGGGUGUCGCGUAACAGUGCACAAUGUCAAUGGCAAGGAUCAUCUGUUGGACCUCAGAAGAGCACGUGGUGGGAUUGGUUCCUCGCCAUACGAUGCUAAACAGAAGAGCCUCGACGGUUUCUUCAAACGGCCAAAGGACGGCUGAUAUGGUUGUGCUAGUGAACAAUUUGAAUUCCCUCGACCAGAGCAACCGUGUGGUUUUCGUUACACCAAUGCUUAGCUAUCUUUGAAACUAUGUUCCAGCAAGGCCAACUCACAUCGGUUACACAGCAUUAAGUGGUGCAUCCUUUUGCCCAGGACCGGAACCGCUGACAAUGCUGAACGGUCAAGAUUACAAGGU